GUAUCGCCCACCGCUAGUGAUGAAGAGGGAGGAGGAGGAAGCCACGAAGAGAGGAAGGAAAUGAAGAUCACGUCACGAAGAGCAGAAUCGGAGUAAAAAAAAAAAAGAGAAAAAAAGGACGGAGUGCUAUUUAAUGGACGCUCCUCGCCUUGACGCCACCGCGGACUCUUCUUCUACAACCAUGUCAUCGUGGACUUGUUCGGCGUGAAAAGGGGAAACGCGGUCACGCAGCUGGGAGGGGGAUUUUUCUUUUUUACAUCUGAAAAGCGGAAGAAGAAGAAGAAGAAGAAGAAGAAGGAGCAUCGGGAGAAUUAACAGGCAGCAGCUACAUCCAAUCCCAAAAUGAGUGAGCUGGAGCAGCUUCGCCAGGAGGCCGAGCAACUGAGGAACCAGAUACGAGAUGCCAGGAAAGCGUGUGGGGAUUCGACGCUGACACAGAUAACAGCUGGUCUGGAUCCAGUGGGGAGGAUACAGAUGCGAACAAGACGCACCCUUCGUGGCCACCUUGCUAAGAUCUAUGCCAUGCACUGGGGGUCAGACUCGAGGCUUCUUGUUAGCGCCUCUCAAGAUGGCAAACUGAUCGUGUGGGACAGCUACACCACUAACAAGAUACACGCCAUCCCUCUGCGCUCCUCCUGGGUGAUGACCUGUGCGUACGCCCCGUCCGGAAACUACGUGGCGUGCGGAGGCCUGGAUAACAUCUGUUCUAUCUACUGUCUGAAGACAAGAGAGGGGAACGUCAGGAUCAGCAGGGAACUACCUGGACAUACAGGUUACCUGUCAUGUUGCCGUUUCAUCGAUGACAAUCAAAUCAUCACAAGUUCAGGAGACACCACCUGUGCAUUGUGGGACAUCGAGACGAGCCAGCAGACCACGGUGUUCUCGGGCCACACGGGGGACGUCAUGAGUCUGUCGCUGUCGCCCGACCUGCGCACCUUCGUAUCGGGGGCCUGCGAUGCCUCGGUCAAGCUGUGGGACAUCAGAGACAGCAUGUGCCGACAGACCUUUACGGGCCACGAGUCCGACAUCAACGCCAUCUGUUUCUUCCCCAACGGCAGCGCCUUCGCCACGGGCUCCGACGACGCCACCUGCAGGCUGUUCGAUUUGCGCGCCGACCAGGAGCUCAGCCUCUAUUGCCAUGACAACAUCAUCUGCGGCAUCACCUCGGUGGCUUUCUCCCGCUCGGGCCGCCUGCUGCUGGCGGGCUACGACGACUUCAACUGUAACAUCUGGGACGCCAUGAAGGGGGACAGAGCAGGAGUCCUGGCCGGCCAUGACAAUCGUGUGAGCUGUCUGGGCGUGACUGAUGAUGGCAUGGCUGUGAGCACCGGGUCCUGGGACAGCUUCCUCAAGAUCUGGAACUAAUACAUACAUGCACACACACACACACACACACACACACACACACACACACACACACACACACACACUUCUGGCGAACACUAGUUGGCCAGCAUGUGUUCGCACUGUAAUGUAAGCUUCAACAAAGUGCAACAAGUGUACAUAAGACAUAGAAUGACUUAGUUUACACCAAUCACACGUGCUACCUGCAGCUGACUGCAGCUGCAAGGCUACACACACACACACACACAGACACACACACUUACACCCACACACACAUGCGCACGCACACACACAAUGUAAAAAAAAAUACAAAAAAAACAUCAGUGUGACCAAAUACAGUUUUCUUGUAUUUUAAACAAAAUCACACCUAUGACCUGAAGCCUUUGAAAUAAAAUGUUCCUUUUUCCCCGAGAGACAGCGCUCGUGUUCAGGGGAGGAGACAAUUCUGUCUUUGUUUACAAUGAAGUCCAAGUCAGACAAGUACUAUUCUUUAGUCUCCAUGUUACAGUGACGCUUUUGAAAGGGGGAUCGUUUUAAUGCUGAAAAAGGUAAUGAAUUGCCAAUUUAUUCUCUAAACAAACCCAUCAUGCUUCAGAGGUUUUUUAUAGCUAGUUCUAUGUCCCCAUAUUCAGUGCAUUUGUUUUUUACACCUAUUUUCUUCAUGUUCUCCCCGUGUGCCUCAGAUACACUUAAAGGAUUAUUACUAGAGAAAACUGAUAAGUGGUUAAGUAACUAAAAAAAAAAAAAAAAAAAAGAAACAAGCAUUGUUAAGAAGCGUGUGAAUGUAGCAGGAGCCAUUAUUCACACUUCAAUCUGGACAUUAUGAUGGUAUAAUUGUACAUAAUAAUAAUAAAUAAUAGCUUCUCCUGCCA